AUGUCGCCCUCAGCAGCCGCCGCCAUUGUGGCCGACGCCAACCCCGUCGCGACGCCUCCUCGCCCCCCGAGCCCCGUCAACAAGUUCGGCACCCUUGCCGUCCACGCGGGCUCGCCGCACGACCCCGCCACCGGCGCCGUCAUCGAGCCCAUCUCCCUGUCGACCACCUUUGCGCAGACGGCCGUGGGCAAACCCGUGGGCGCCUUUGAGUACUCGCGCUCCUCCAACCCGAACCGCGAGAACUUUGAGACGGCCGUCGCCGCGCUCGAGCACGCCCGCUACGCCCUCGCCUUCUCCUCCGGCAGCGCCACCACGGCCACCAUCCUCCAGAGCCUCGCCGCCGGCUCCCACGUCAUCUCCGUCUCCGACGUCUACGGCGGCACCCACCGCUACUUCACCCAGGUCGCAAAGGCCCACGGCGUCCGCGUCACCUUCACCCCCGAGAUCGAGGUCGACGUCAGCGAGCACAUCACCCCAGACACCCGCCUCAUCUGGAUUGAGACCCCCAGCAACCCGACCCUGCGCCUCGUGGACAUUCGUGCCGUCGUCGACGUCGCCCACCGCCACGGCGUCCUCGUCGUCGUCGACAACACCUUCCUCUCCCCCUACGUCCAGAACCCCCUCGACCUCGGCGCCGACAUUGUCGUCCACUCGGUCACAAAGUACAUCAACGGCCACUCGGACGUCGUCAUGGGCGUCGCCGCCUUCAACGCCGACGCCCUCAAGGACCGCCUCGGCUUCCUCCAGAACGCCAUUGGCGCCGUCCCCUCCGCCUUUGACAGCUGGCUCGCCCACCGCGGCCUCAAGACCCUCCACCUCCGCGCCCGCGAGGCCUCCACCAACGCCAUGGCCGUCGCCACCGCCCUCGAGGCCGACCCCAACGUCAUCUCCGUCAACUACCCGGGCCUCGACUCCCACCCCCACCGCCAAAUUGCCCUCAAGCAGCACAGGAACGGCAUGGGCGGCGGCAUGCUCUCCUUCCGCAUCAAGGGCGGCCACGCUGCCGCCGAGCGCUUCUGCCAGGAGACACGCAUCUUCACCCUCGCCGAGUCCCUCGGUGGCGUCGAGUCGCUCGUCGAGCUGCCCAGCAGCAUGACCCACGCUGGUAUCCCGCGUGAUCAGAGGGAGGCCGUCGGUGUCUUUGACGACCUCGUCCGCGUGAGCUGCGGCGUCGAGGACGCGGAGGAUUUGAGGAAUGACGUGCUCCGGGCCGUCGAGAGAGCCGUGGGGGCCCAGCAGAACGGCAACGGCAGCGCGCAAUGA